AUGGCUGCUUUCUUCGCAUGGGCUUCUUCACCAUUAUCUCCUUCUUCGUCGAAGCCCAAAAAAGUGACGACAGACCGUCUGUCCGCCGUUAUUGACGCCGUCAAUGACAGUAAACUCCCUCCCGAACUCCGUGGCCAACGCAAUAACGUCAGGACUGAAACUGACAUUGUAAAUGUUGUUGAGAGACGUGUAUGGAAUGCCAUGGAAGAAGGUCAAUUCGAGAAUUUGCCAGGGAAGGGAAAGCCCUUGGACCUGAGUAGUAAUCCUCAUGUUGACCCAGCUGAAGACACUUUGUAUAGAAUACUCAACAAAAAUGGAUGUGCUCCGGAGUGGGUUGAACUCAAUAAGGAGAUAAGGAAUAAUAUUGCGGAGUGGCGUGUAGGCCUAAAGAAAGCCUGGAAACAUAAAGGCAGUCGAGAUGAGGCUAAAUGGGUUGAGUGUUCAGAGGCUCUAAAAUUCCAGCUGCGGGGCAUCAAUGAUAAGGUGUUCCGUUACAACCUCAUUGUUCCCUUUGGCCGUCAGAUGUGUGGACUAAAGUGGGAGAAAGAACUCGACCGCUUGAAUGAUGAAAGUCAGAUGGCAAAAUGA